AUGGUAGCAUUCCUCACCAUCUCUUUCUCCUGCCUUCAGCUUCGUUUUCUUAUGCUAGCCGACAAUCAAUUCAGUGGACACAUCGAAGAAUUUCCCGUUGUAAACGAUCUUGAAUUGCUAGACUUGAGUAACAAUAUGAUAAAAGGUCCCGUUCCUAGCUCCUUCCAGUUUCAAAAUAUUUCCUCACUCUCGCUUUUUGGCAACUUGUUCGAUGGCACUUUUCAUCUGCAAAAGAUUCAAAGCCUGUCAAAGCUUAAGCGGUUAGACCUUUCUUACAACAACUUGUCAAUCAACACAACCAACUUAAGCUCGAAUUUCGAUGGAUUCCCCCAGCUUGUUAUUUUAAAUUUGGCAUCCUGCAAUAUGUACGAGUUUCCAUAUCUUGGAGAUCAAUCCUCUCUACUAACUUUGGACCUCUCGAACAAUCACAUCGGAGGGGACAUUCCUAGUUGGAUUUGGGAAACUGGAAGGGGCUAUUUGAACCUUUCUUUUAAUCUUCUGACAGGUUUAGAAAAGCCUCACUUUGUUGCAAUUGUUGAGUACCUUGACUUGCAGUCGAACAAGUUGUUACGGCCUGUGUUGCUUUUUUCAAUUAUAACCUCUCCAAAUAGUAGUGAUUCUGUCAUCUUUCUUGGAAACAAUCAACUAACCGGAGUGAUUCCAACCUCCAUAUGCAAUGCAUUUUUAAUCCGAGUUCUCGACUUGUCUUUCAAUAACUUGAGUGGUAGCAUACCUUCUUGCCUGAUCAACAAAAGCUUUGUGAGUGAAGUGCUCAAUCUUAGGGGAAACAAAAUCAGUGGUGUUAUACCUGAUCAAUUUCCUAGUAAGUGUAGCCUAGAAACCUUUGAUGUUAGUAAUAACAACUUAGGUGGGAAGGUUCCUAAGUCUCUGAUAAAUUGUAAGAACUUGGAGGUGUUGAAUGUUGGAAACAACAACCUUGACGGUAGAUUCCCUUGCAUGCUGCCGUUGAAGUUGCACAUACUUGUUUUGCGCUCCAACAAAUUCCAUGGAGACUUGAGAUGUAGGAGAAGUUGGCCGAAUCUUCAAAUUCUGUAUAUAUCUUCAAAUAAUUUCAGUGGGAAUGUGAGUCUGCUAAACUUCUCGAGUUUGAGAGGAAUAAUGCUACAAGAGUCCUACACAUGGAAUGCUUUCACUGGCAGCAUCCCAAAUUCAUUGGGUGAAUUGACAGAGCUUGGGUCGCUCGACCUCUCUGAAAACAAGCUCACCGGGAGAAUACCAGAGGAUAUCACGAAACUAUUUCUUUCAAUCUUGAAUGUAUCAUACAAUUACAAUGAGCUGACAUGA